UAUAUAUAUAUAUAUAUAUAUAUAUAUAUAUAUAAUAUAAUAUGAGGUAGAUAGACACACAUACUUAUUUCUACCAUGCAAUCUCUAACCAAAUUGUCUAACAAAUGCUGCCACCAUGAUUUGAUUAGAAAAUAAGAUUGCCUUCAUAUUUAAAUAAGCUCCAUUGUGCACCUGACAUCUUCCCCAGGUAAUUGAUACAAAUACAAACAACAUUUAGUCUGAAAGGUUUGUGCGUGUGUGUGUUGGUGACUGUCUGUUUUUUUAACCCCUAUGCUCUCCGGUUACCUGCAUGUACCAAGUUGUCUGGGCGGGUCUCUGUGGCUGAAGAAGGUAAAACCUGCUAAAAGAAAAAAAACCUGAUACACUCAUCGGCUGCACUUAUUGGUUAACACGUCACCGGAGAACAAAAAGGACUAUUGUGAGAACCUGACCUGAGAGUUUCUACACUGCAUUCACAUCACAAGGUACUUUGGUUUUGCACACUUCUGCACAUUUCUGUAUUCUUGUGAAGCUUGCUGUCGUGUGGAUUUAAUUAUUAGUUUUCAGUCAUCCUCUGGAUUUCUUUAAUGGACUUUGGUAAUGUAGAGGGACAACUUGUUUUGCAGAACAAUUCCUCAACAUCCCUUGUGAGACCUUCCACCAUCCUUGGUCCGAUCAUGGCGAUGGGCUUCUCCCCAGAGCAGGUGGCAUGUGUUUGUGAGGUUCUUCUCCAGAGUGGAAGCAUGGAUCGCUUGUCCUCUUUCUUAUGCUCUUUAUCUUCUGGUUCCACUUCGUCCAACGUGUAUCUGGCCAUGACACAGAGUCAGGAGAGCGUGCUGAAGGCGCGGGCUGCGGUCGCCUUCCACCACUGCCGGUUUGCUGAGCUGUACGCCUUGUUAGAGGGGAACGUGUUCUCCCCACGCAGUCACCCUCUCCUCCAACAGCUCUGGCUCCGGGCUCACUACAUGGAGGCUGAACUUCAGCGGGGCCGCCCUCUUGGAGCCGUGGGGAAGUACCGCAUUCGUCGCAAGUUUCCUCUUCCACGUACCAUCUGGGAUGGAGAGGAGACCAGCUACUGCUUCAAGGAAAAGUCUCGCAGCGUGUUGAGAGAGUGGUACUGCAGAAAGCCGUACCCCUCGCCGCGAGAGAAACGAGAUCUGGCUGCAGCCACUGGACUCACUGCUACACAAGUCAGCAACUGGUUCAAGAACCGUCGACAGCGGGACAGAGCUGCGACCAGCCGUCAAGACAGAACAUCAGCAGGAGCGUUCCUGAGCUCUGAUGAGGAGCUCUCACCACCAGGGAGCCCCAGCGCACUCUUCUCCUGCUCCCAGCAGCUCUCUGCCCACCCGCCCCCUCUCCGACAUCUGGGACCAGCACACUACUAAAACGAAUGCAGUGGAAUACAGGUCAAAAGUCAAAGUUUUGACAGAGUCAGGGGAAUCUGCUGACGCUUUUUAGCCGUCUAUGCGGUUGUGUUUUCUGAUGUGUGUUUGGCUGACAGUCUGGCAGAAGUAAGCGAAAUGGCUGAAAUCACUUACAGCACCUUUAACAAAACAGAGCAUCAGUGCAACUGUCAGCAAAUGGCAUUUUUUUAAAUUUUACUAUUUUUUUGUAACUUUUGUAAAGUUUUUAGAACACAUUGAGAAUAAGAAAAGUAACCUUUGUGUUCCAGUGCAUACUGUAGUUCAGGAAAAUACGAUUUUUUGAUGAAAUCCGAGAGGUUUUUUAUCUCCCAUAGAAAGCAAUGAAAUUACCUCAUUCAAGGUCCACAAAAGUACUAACAUCGACAUC